CAUUGCACUGCACAUUCUGGAUCACUCAGAUGCUUUUAAAUAUGAAUUUCUCUGACGUGACAUAUUUUUAUCUAUCUGAUUACCAUGGAAUGGAGGACAUUAAGCCAAUGUACUUCAGCAUCUUUUUGAUUAUAUACAUGACUAUUGUUGCUGAAAAUGUUGUGUUAAUCGGACUGGUCUGUUAUGAAAAAACCCUGCAUGAACCAAUGUAUUUUUUAUUGUGUAACUUGGCUGUGAAUGGCCUGUAUGGAAGCACUGCCUUACUGCCGGCCCUACUGAGCAACCUGCUGUCACACUCAUAUGAGAUAUCUUUAACAUUUUGUCAGACACAGAUCUUUGCCUUACACACAUAUGGCAUCAUUGAAUUCACAAUUCUAGCAGCUAUGAGUUAUGACAGGUAUGUGGCCAUUUGCUAUCCACUGCUUUAUCAUUCAGUCAUGUCACAGAGAGUUGUUAAACUUAUUGCUUUUACGUGGCUGUAUCCCAUGCUGGCAUUUGUCGUUGUUUUAAUUUUCACUCUUCGGCUGCGGUUUUGUGGGAGGACCAUAGAUAAGGUGUAUUGUAUGAAUUACCCGCUGGUGAAACUUGCCUGUACAGAUACAUCUAUUGACAACAUAGUUGGCCUGCUUUCUGUAGUUCUAUAUACACUUCCACAGAUCAUCAUGAUCUGUUAUUCAUAUGCGCACAUCCUGAGGAUCUGUGUCGUGUCGUUCAGCAAAUCCAAGCACAAAGCCCUCCGGACCUGCAUCCCACACCUGCUCGCGACAAUCAACUACUCUAUCGGGUGCGUUUUGGAAAUAGCACAAAGUCGAUUCAACAUUAGUCACCUGCCUUACAAAAGCAAGUUGUUUUUAUCUCUGUACUUUUUGAUAUUCCCACCCAUUCUUAAUCCGGUAAUCUACGGUUUGAGUAUUCAAAUCCUAAGGACACGAUUGUUUAAGCUUUUUCGCAGAAAAAGCAGGCAAGUAAAAAAUAAUGUAGCCAGGAGGCUGUUGGUAUGGUGACUUCAAAUUGCGUUCUGCAUGUUUUUGGGAGGACUGAUGCCUCUGGAAACACAUGAGCAACCGAAUGUCUUGUCUCUCCACGUUGUUUUA